UAGCAGGCCUGACCCGGAAGUGUUUGUCCUUUUGGUAGAGAAGCGGACCGCAGAUCGCUGGUGCGUUCCGCAGAGGCUGUACUGUCAGUAUGCAACGGUUGUUCCUCCCGCCCCUCAAGGCCUUGAUGGGGAGCCGCAAUGUCGGGCUCCUGAUCCCUAAGGCGGCAUCUAGAGCACAGUGUGGCGGCGGCAGCUAUGGUGGCAGUCGUCCUCUGAGGCCAGGGCAGUACGGCACCAUCACUGAAGUGGCUUUGCAAUCUGGAAAAGGCACAGUGUCCCUUCCUUCGCGGGCAGCCGAGCGGGCAGUGGGCCGAUGGCUCCUGGUGUGCAGUGGAACAGUGGCUGGAGCAGUUAUUCUUGGAGGAGUGACCAGGUUGACGGAGUCUGGCCUCUCAAUGGUAGACUGGCAUUUAAUAAAGGAGAUGAAGCCACCCACAAGCCAGGAAGAAUGGGAAGCGGAGUUCCGAAAGUACCAGCAAUUUCCAGAAUUUAAAAUCCUGAAUCAUGACAUGACACUGGCGGAAUUCAAGUUUAUCUGGUACAUGGAAUACUCACACCGGAUGUGGGGUCGAGCUGUAGGCCUUGCGUACAUCCUGCCUGCUGCCUACUUUUGGAGAAAGGGUUGGCUCAACCGUGGCAUGAAAGGACGUGUUCUUGCCCUCUGUGGCUUAGUCUGUUUCCAGGGUCUGUUGGGUUGGUAUAUGGUGAAAAGUGGAUUAGAAGAAAAACCAGAGACCUAUGACAUCCCUCGGGUCAGUCAGUACCGUCUCGCAGCCCACCUGGGGUCAGCACUGGUUCUCUACUGUGGCAGCCUGUGGACCUCCCUGUCACUGCUACUGCCUCAGCACAAGAUACCGGAAACCCGACAGCUCCUGUGGCUGAGACGCUUUGCUGGUGGAACAGCAGGCCUUGUGUUCCUCACAGCUCUCUCAGGGGCUUUUGUGGCAGGGCUGGAUGCUGGGCUCGUUUACAACUCCUUCCCCAAAAUGGGAGAAUCUUGGAUCCCAGAGGACCUCCUGACCUUCUCUCCCGUCCUGAAGAAUGUUUUUGAGAAUCCUACUAUGGUUCAGUUUGAUCACCGGCUUCUGGGAGUCACGUCUGUCACUGCCAUUACAAUGCUCUAUUUCCUGUCCCGGAGAAUCCCCCUUCCUCGAAGAACCAAGAUGGCAGCGGUGACUCUGCUAGCUUUGGCAUAUGCACAGGUGGCCUUGGGUAUCAGCACUCUGCUUAUGUAUGUGCCAACUCCGCUGGCUGCCACACACCAGUCAGGCUCCUUGGCUCUGCUCAGUGGCGCCCUUUGGCUCAUGAAUGAACUCCGAAGAGUUCCAAAAUAAUUCUCCAAGGAUCGUUUCCUAGGACUGGAACUGCCCUGGGAAUUCAUCACAAGAACAAGACCUUUUCGGGUCUUUUCAGGACGGUGGUAUUGACAGGCCACGGUUUCCAAAUUGGUCAGGUCAUUCAGAACUUUUGAGAUGGGCACUGGAUCAAGAAUGUCACUGAGGUGUUCUUAUACCAGAGGUUUCCUUUAAAACAACUCUGUUACAUAAACAAGCAUCUGUCAUUUGCUGCUUAAUAUGCAGUCUGACGUCUUAGAGCUCGGUUUCUAUGUGCUGCAGACUCCUGUCCACUUGUCAGGCUGGUGGUGACAGCGUCAGACUGAAGAACACAAGCCCCAGUGGAGUUACUCGACCAAUGGAACGGUGACUGAAUGUUGGUUUGUUACCAAGGUCUAGGAUUGUCAUUGUUUCUGGUUUUUAUAAGCAGCUAACUAGCUAGGUUUUUGAAGUGAACAUUCUCUUAUGUAUAUGUGUGUUUGUAUUAAUAUAUGCCAUGUGUAUGAAGGAGCCCAUGGAGGCCAAGGAAGGUACUGGGUCCCUAGAGCUGGAGUUAUAGGUGACUUUGACAUGCCUGAUGUGGGUGCUAGUAACCAAGCACAGUCCUCUGGAAGAGCAGCAGGCACUUCUAACUGAGCCAUCUCUCCAGCCCUGGAGUAAAUAUGAAAAUUACAUGUUGACAAUUUCAAUUUUUAAAAAACAUGUCUGACCUGAGGUUGCACAUUUGCAAUUUCUGAACAAGAUAAUCAGGUUUUUAUGGUUUUUGGGUUUUUUGUUUUUGUUUUUAACUCUAAUAAUGUAUCCUAAAGUCUCAGUGUAUCCUAAAGAGUACUGAUCUUAGCUAGUUUUAGCAAAAACAAUGACAUAGGCAUUUUACUCUCCGAGUCCCAGGCCCUGUUGGGCUGUGUUAUUGCACAAAAGAGGCUCCCUUCACCUCAGAACUCAGGACUCCUCCUAGACCCCACGAAAUCACCAGGCCUCAUCUAACCUGUUAGCCCUGUCUGUUGGCCGGCAGGGUAGACGCUCCUCUAGACAGAACCCCUUCGAGGAGAGGACCAGGGCAGUUUGCAGACCACCUGCUUCCCAUCUCUAAAUCCAGUCUUCAGUGAGAAGCAGACAGCAGAGGGCAGGAGGGACCAGCCAAAGAUCACAUGACGGUUUUAUGGCCACCCCAAGCACAUGGCGACCCGAGUCGGCUCAAGUCUCAGAUGUUUUGCUGCAUUUAUUUUUGACUACAGUUAAGCACGUUCAGAACAGAUCCAGUAUUUAGCUGUUUAACUGGAUUAUGGUUUCUGUAUGGUCCUGGUAAAGAGAGAUCAUCGUAACUAUUUUUGUAUCUGUAUAAUUCACUGACACCAUUUAUAUACCAAAUACUGAAUGAAGAAAGCAUGAAUUGGUGGAAAUAUAUGAUUAUUGAUUUAUGCCCCAAAUGUCUAUUUCAGAAAAAGCCAUUGCACACUUAAAGGAUUAAAUAAUUUCCUUUAAUGUUUUCAACAGUCUGUCAACAGUUCUGUCAAUUGUUUUUAAAUUAUAAAGGUAAUUAAAAUAUGUAUUUUCAGUCAGCUAA